UUUUCAUUCAUUUCCACGCGGAUCACAUGGAGAGAAUACUUUGACAACUUUUUCAGUCUUAAAUAAAUUUUAUUUCAAACAAAUAUGUCUUCGAGUGAGAAAAAGCCGGAGAAGCUGGACUUCAGUAUUCCUGAUUCAAUGACUGCUUCGGAAAGAGCAGUCACUCGACUUUUAGACAAGACAAGCGAGAAAAAGCCUCCCACAAUCACUGCCAUGCCUCGGAGCGCUCUUCUGGACAGGGUGAAACAAUUUUUGCCCCAAAUGGAGGAAGCAAACAAUAAACUGACCGACACUUCCGACAUCGCGGAACUGGACAUUGAGAAACUCAGCCAGCAACACAAGGACAACUACAUUGAAAUUAACCUGGCAUGUGCAGAUCUUGAGGAUGAGAGGUUUGGAAUCUUGAGGGAUCUGCAAGAUGAAGAGGCAAAGGCGGGUUCCUCGGACAGUGAAAGUGAAAACGAACAGAUCAAGUUGUCCACAGACAGUAAGAAAAAGAAGAAUCUGAUCUCGGAACUCUCGUGACCUUUUGACAUUUGAAGGAAAGACAUUUUACACAGGAUUUAUUUUUUUGGAUUGUAAACUUUAUUAUAUAAGCUCUCGCGCUUUGUUAAAAUUGGUAUAGCCACGCAUUAUAGAGAAAACCAAUACAAUAUAUUCACACUUACAACAAGUUUAUUUUAAAUCGACUGCGGUGAUGAUUAGAGUGAGGUUAUUGAUUUGCAAUCAGUUUUGAAUAGCCACUUGUGGUUUUUGCGAUUCCAAUCACAGAACAUCAUUGAAAAAUGUUACAUUAUUAAAAAAUGCCAUUAUAUCAGCAGGACUAGUGAAAAAACUAUAAAAGUUGCGGUGCGUUUACGAUAAAUUGCAAAAUAUAAUACUGAUCAAGAUCAAACCUUAAUAAAUAACCGUAAUAAAUAUAACCAUAACAUAAGUGGAUACAGAUUAAUAAAUAAUAUAUCACAGUGAAAUAAUAAAAAUACUUUACAAAUUGGAUUUCCAGCUGCUAAACACGAUAUUCAAAAUAUUUGAGCACUAAAAUUAAACUUGCUACUGCUUACAAAUGAGCACAUCAACUUGGUAAAGAAUUAUUUUUGAUUUGAAGAACAGGUUGUUUUCAUAGAUUUAUAAAUAUGCUCAGAGCCAUCAAUAAAAUUAUC